CAGCAUCUCGCAUGCCAUCCACUUUUCUUUCACAACUUGCUGCUUGGCACCAUUCCAGCAUUCUUUUGAAAAGUUUCAGAAUCCCCAUGUUCAGGCCGGUUUCCGGCCUUGGGUACAAGUUGCAAACAUUCUUUCAAGCUGCAAUCGAAAUUGUAAGCUAGACGUAGUCUUAUGGCCGGCACCAGUUUUGUGCGAGCUGGUCAGUCCGGAAAGGCUUCUCUGCCUGGAACCAAGCCGGGUCGUCAUGGCCAAACCCUUGUGUCCACAGGGAUCCAGGAGCUAGACCAUCUACUGGGAGGUGGCCUGCAGCUGGGGACUUUGACACUGUUGCUGACUGAUGGUUGGGCGCCUCAUUUGCACGAGCUGCUUCUGAAGCACUUGAUGAGUCAGGCAGUGGCCCAUGCCCAGCCUCUUCUAUAUGCAAGUACCCACCCCCUGCCUGCAGACUUUCUCACCCGCCUUCCCGUGGUCACAGAGAAAAGGGAAGAAGAUGCAAAGGAAGCCCCUGCUGCUUCUGGGGUCCAGGAGGGUCAGUCAGGCCUGCGUAUUGCCUGGCAGUACCAACGAUACCUGGACGAGCAAAAGGCACUUGAGGAGCGGCGCACUCGGCAGCGGGAAGCAACGGCGUCGGCCACCGCGAGCACCGAUGAGGCGAUGCCUUCCCUUCACAGCUCUUUCUCUCGGCCUACUGUGCGCUCGGCGUUCAAAGCAAGCUCAAGGCCAGAGGCGCCCCCCCCCCUCGACUUCUGCUCCUCCUUCGACCUCCGAAAGCAGCUCGGGAAGGAAGUGCUGCGGCUUGACACCGUGCACCACCACAGCAUAGCAGACCUGCCCGCACUCCACGCGCAGUGUCAAGACUUCGUGGAGCGGCUAAGGCCCAACCGGGAUGUGGGCAGGAUUGUCGUGCACGGCCUUGGACAGAUACCCUGGGAGGAUCCGGCUGAGGACUGGCGAUACCUGGCCCUGCUGCGCUCCCUCAAGGGCCUCGUCCGGACACACCCGGCGUCCGUCGCUCUAGUUACGCUGCCCACGGGGUCACUUCCCCCGGGCUUCCUGAUGCGCGCGCAGCACGUGGCGGACACCGUUCUAGAGACGCAGGCGGUCGAUGAGGACGACAAGGAACUGGCGGCGAUGUUUUCGUACUACGGCGAGAUCCAGGGGCUGCUUCACGUCCAUAAACUUGCGCUGGUAAACACGCAGGUGCCGUUCAUUCCUGAAGCGACCAGUGUGGCAGUCAGCAUCGUUCGGCGGAAACGACUGACGCUAGAAAAGAUGCAUAUUGCUCCCGCCUUCGAUGAUGAUGUGCAAGAGGCUGGUGCCGGCGGCAGUCGAGCGGCCGUUUCAGCGGUCGCAUGUGUGGGGCCCAAAAACGCCCCGUCGGUUCUCGACUUCUGACUGUUCGUCAGGUGAUCAAGCCGAGGGCGGUGCAGAUUUAUCACGCUGAGUCAGCUGCUCAUGCAAUCGCUCACGUGGAUAGUUUCCUCUCGAUAUUGAGUGGCAUAAGCUCACUGUGAUUGGUUUGUGCCUACUGCUAACCAAUCAAUCAUCAUAAGUGGCCGCCCACAAUCUGCACAUUGGACUGUGCAGUCGCGU